CCGAGCCGAGCCGCGUCCAGCACAGCAAGCCACCGAGCGGGAGCACGAGGGAGCGACCCGGAACCGCCAUGGCCUCGCAGAACGCCGACCCUGCCGCCGUGCCCAGCGCCGCCGCCCGCAAAGGGGCUGAGGCGGGAGCCACGGCCGCCCGAGGCUCCGUGGGGAAGAGGCUGCAGCAGGAGCUGGUGGCGCUGAUGAUGUCCGGCGACAAAGGCAUCUCCGCCUUCCCCGAGUCCGAUAACCUCUUCCGCUGGAUCGGCACCAUCGACGGUGCGGCGGGCACGGCCUACGAGGAGCUGCGCUAUAAGCUGUCCCUGGAGUUCCCCAGCGGGUAUCCCUACACCGCGCCCACGGUGCGCUUCCUCACGCCCUGCUACCACCCCAACGUGGACGCUCAGGGCAACAUCUGCCUCGACAUCCUGAAGGAGAAGUGGUCGGCGCUGUAUGACGUGCGCACCAUCCUGCUGUCCAUCCAGAGCCUGCUGGCAGAGCCCAACAUUGACAGCCCGCUGAACACGCAUGCUGCUGAGCUGUGGAAGAACCAGGCUGCCUACAAGAAGUACCUGCGGGAGAUGUACAGCAAGCAGGCUAAGAGCCAGGAGACCUGACCCCCACCACACCACCCCCUUGUCCCUGUCUGCUGCGCCUUUCUGUAUUAUAGGCUGUUUUUAACUUAAUUCUGGAGUGCGAGCUACGGUUAAUGUAUAAAUAAAUACGCAUCUAUAGGUUCUUC